CAGCGUCGCUUUGGCGGCAUGGGGUGGGCUUAAUUUGUUCGCUCUCACAGAGGGGGAGGGCGACAGUUGUCUACUAACCAUGGGUCUCAAUGGAACGAGACAAUGCGUGGUGGCGAUGGCUGCCUUGAGCCUGGGCGGUGUUGGUGUGGAUAGCUUCCUUGUGCCACAGCAGCGGUUCGGCGGCAGCAGCUGUGCAAGAUCAUGUUUGAGAGUAGAGCAGCAGCAGCAGCAGCAGCAGCAGCAGCAGCAGCAGCAGCAGCAGCAGCAGCAGCACGAGGCUGGAAGAAGAUCGUCGUCCUCCGUGACUAGGAUGGCUGCUACCGCAGAGAUCGGUUCCUUCCCGUACGAAGAUGUGCUGCCGUUUCUCAAGGAGCACGUGCAGCCUUCCGACCAGAUGCUGCUGCUGGGGUGUGGGACAGAACUUCCUUUGCAGCUCUCUCGGGAUGGCUACGGCACUCGAGAUGGCCGAUCGUUCAUGCGCUGCAUCGACUCCGACCCCGACUUGAUAGCGGCCAUGAAGAAUGCGGCCGAGGCAGAUCCCGUCUGCUCGAAGAACAUGGCUGCCGGGAAAUUGAUUUUCGAGGCGUUGGACGUGGCCGGAGGCAUGCCGGAGCUCACACAAUCUUCUGCUGACUGCGUCAUUGACGCUGGUCUACUGGACAAGCUUAUCACAACGGAGGGACUUGACGCCGCGAAGGCGUGCUCCGACGCCGCCCACCGUGCCGUGCGCCUUGGAAACCCUUUGGUGGCGUUGUCCAUGAUCAACAAGGACGACUUCGCCCAAAUAUUUGACGGAAACUGGGGGUGGAUGCAAGAGCUGGAUGGGGACCCCGGCGCGGUAAGCCAGUGGUACCGGGACAAGAAGGUCAACCUCAAGGACGUGGGCAACAACUUCGUUGAGCUGGGGAUAUCCUUCUUCGUGUACACCAACGUGGAUAACUGCUGACGGGUCCUUUAGAACGAAGGGGCGAACGUCGGGAGGAGCGGCACUUGUAAACAAGCCGUAUGGUGUUUAAGGUGUUCAACGAGCAUUCAAGUAUCUGGGGGUUAGAGUGCGUGUCGAUAGAAGAAAAUGCGCGAGCGCGAUAAGCAUUGAUGAUAGUAAGCGUGUUGGUCGAGGUGGGUUAGGGAAUGUUCUGAAGGGCCUCCUGGCGCGGAUGGUCCUGGUGAGGCACGUCGAACUCGACACUCCUCGAAGCCGAGGUACGGUGGACCGCCUGCUGGAGGAUACAAAUCCUUCACCGUUCACUCACUUUUGGAGCACUGGCUGUAAAUACAGUUACCAGGUGCUAUGCAUCUCGACCAGCAUAGGAGUAUACGAUGGACGCUGGUCACAGCAGUUAUUCGAGAUGAACCGCUCUAUUUUCAUGGCGGGUGGAUGAGAAAACGAAAAACCCUAUUCGUUCUGCGAAAUGAGACCCAUCUGUC